GCCGACUUAUUCUUCCUUUCCCUCUUAUUUCGCUCAGCUGCUCGCACCGUUAUAAUGUGGCUUUUGACUGUAGUAGGAGAAAUUCUCGGCCAGAAACAUUACACCUUUGCAUUGCAGCAGCAGAAAAGCUAUACUUUCGGACGGAACAAAGACUGUGAUAUUGCCUUUCCUAACAAUUUGCGAGUAAAGCCUGAAGAAGGAACUCUGGAAAUAUUGGAAUGGGAUUACACGAAUAGGCAUUCUCGACCUGACAUUAAAUGGCGACCUAAACCGAAGAAAAACGGCGAUUAUGGGACUAUUGUUGCUGUAGGAAAACGUCCGGAGACGCCUAAUGGGUCAUUGAACAAGGGCGAUUACGAUAUACUUCCCAUAAACAACGAGAAGGGAAGCGGAGUUUUUGUGGAUGAAUUAAAUGUGACGGGAAUAUCGUUUGCCGAUGACAUAUGGUUCUUUCUGGAAUGGAGAGACCUAUGCCUGCUGUACGGCAAAAUGAUGGACGAACCGGAUCCGAUCAGAAACACUCUCAAAAGUUAUUGUAUUUCUUGGACAACAACCUUUGACACGUCCGAUCCACCCCAAUAUGUCCUGUUAGAUACCUACCGCAACAACUGGGAAGCUAGAUAUGCCGUUUGUUGUGGAAUACCUAUCCUCCUUCCCAGCUUCCUCGCCCUCCUUCAAAGUCGCCUAACAAUCAACUGGCGAAAAACCGCGGACGCCUUCUGUAGCUUUAAAUUUCCGCUUCCUGGUGAAGAUGAAGCAGAGUAUAGACCAAAAAACCAUCAGAGCAUUAGAUUCUCUUCCAGCAUUUGGCUUCCUGAUAGACGCAGGAGGACGUUGUAUAGAGGAUGGCAUGUUUUGCUUUUGAGGGAGCAAAUUCAACCCAGAGAAGCAUUCAUGUACAAAGCGUUAGGUGCAGACUUACAAGAGGUCAUUGUUGAAGGCAAUCCACCUAAAACCAGCAGUGACGUCGAGGAAUAUUUGGCGGACUGGCUUUCCUAUGUGGACACUCAUGGGGGGAGAAAAAAGGGGCUUGUCGCUUACAGCGGAAAGGUGAAGGACAUGACUGAUGCGAAGAUAAUUGAAGACACUUGUGAAAGAUUGAAAGUUAACUGUGCUUCGGUUGCUAGUGCUUUCGGGGCAGUCUUAAAUGGGGGCGUUCAUCAAUUCCUUGAAGGUGUGGAUAAUAAACAUAAUAGACAUGCCGCUAGAGGCUCCAUUACCGCCAUCACCCCAGCAGCAUCGUCUUCCGUCCCAAGUCCUGCAGCCGAUCCCUUUCGCCGACUCACUGAAACACCCACCCCUGCAUUAACACCCACUCCUCCCUCCGAGCCGACUGUGACUUCCGUUGUUGCUGAAAGCAGUAAUGCUCCUGGUGUACCUUCGACUUUUUCCGACGAGACUACGCCGCCAGUGCCUUUCGAACCGCCUAGAUUAUCGCGGAGGAGAACGGCGUAUACGAAACCCAUUAUCGCCGAUGCUACACCCGUUCCUGUUGCUUCUAGCGAACCUCAACAUGUAGCAGUGAACGCUGACGGCACAGAAGAAGCUGUCGAUGAAUGGCGCCCUCCUCCGGUCGCCGUCCUACGUCGACCUCAGAGACGAACUGUAGGAAAAGGAGCUAGAAAUACUCCAACCUCCGCCCCUGCCCCUGCUCAACCCCUUGCCACCCCUCAGUUCAAUGGUACCGAUACACAUGUCACUUCGCUUGACCCACAUCCUUCAUUUGCACCUAACUCCAUGCCUUCACAAGAAGAAGAUUCACCGGGAGUUGCUCCAGGGCCUUCACGGGCAGGAUUGUCAGAUUUCCCUUCAUCGACACAACAAAACACAAUGCCUCCUAUACAAACGCUACCUCGUCCCAGUCGACGUUACGGCACCACAUCAUCUAUCGCACGUCCUCAAGCUGCGCCGAGUAGGGUUGCCUUCGAGGAAACUGUCGAGGAGGAAGAAGAUGACAGGCUGAAAAAAUUGUAUGAGAAGACGCGCAAGCAAGGUUUUGGACCUGCAUCGCUGGCAAAAAAGGUGAGAACAGCAGACCGUGGGGGUGAUGUGGAGAUGGAAGAUACCCAGAUAUCGAGUGCGGCUUCUAUGACAGAUAGGGAGAGGUACAAAGCUCCCAGCGAGAUUUUACACAUUGAUGAAGAACCGGAAGAGGAGGAAGAGGAGCAGGAUCUUUUCGCCCAAACGAUGCGGAGAUCCAAAAGACCAGCGUCUGCCGCGGGUUUAUCGGCAACUCAAGGGACAGCGCCUGAGGUACGGAGCAAAGAUAUAGGCGGGAGAGACUCUCAAGACUUGAUGCCGCCUCCUGCUCAACGUCGUCGUAUCCAGUCACCUUCUCCUUCCCCUGAGCCUGGGCCUUCUGAAGAUCAGGCUCCACGUAGAGCUGCUCCAAGCCAGAACCGUUUCGAUUUUCAAGAUGCCAUCCCUCAACCUAUGACUCGUGACGAACAAUUCCUCCGCGUCGUUGCUGAGCGUAAGAAAGCUAAAGCAGCUAUCGACAACCUCGACAAAAGCUUUGAUAGUAUGCUCCGUAUACCGAAAGCUCAGACAGAAUCUGAGGCUGAUAAGCCGGACUACUCGGUGCUGGACGAGGUUCCUCCCCCUAAGGCCGGCAACUAUAUUGCUGUGAUGAGAACCAAUAGUCUGUUUAGAAAAGAUCUGGGACAGACGAAAGAAAGGGAGAAUGUUGAAGACGGGAGGCCCAAUUUCAAGAAGUUCAAAAGGAAAAACGUCCCUCGCAGAGCACCCUUAAAGAUGGUACUCACCACGUCUGUUGUUGACCCAUCCAAGUAUGAAGAGCCCGAACCUUACUGGCCGACCCAAAAGAAGACACAGAAGAAGUCUCAGGCCCAGUCCGGCUCUUUGUCCGACCCAGAAGAGGAUGAUCGCCCGCUUUUGCCCAGACAUAAACCCCGACUGUUGGUUGAAGAUGACAAUGAGGGCGACGGUGACGUAAAGUUCAUGGCUACUGGACAGGCGGCAGCUGGCAGAAGAGGGACACAGAGGAAUCAAAUACGGGACAAUCGAGUCACCCUGGGAACUUCCGCGCAAAGAACCAAGGGAGGCGAAAGCGUAGCCUCAGAUACUUACGACGACCAAGCGGCUCGAUCCGAUGUAUCGAAGACAACCCAUAGCAAAGCUGCUACAAAGGCCACUGCGGCGAGAGGGAGGAAUAAACUGUUAGUAGAGGAUAAUGAUACGACGAUUGACUGGGCAUCGUCGCCUAGCACUGCCAAAGGAGGGAAGAGUAGCUUCGAGUCAUCAGGGACGGCUACAUUAGACGAGAAUCCUUCUUCGACAGCUAGGAAGGGUACGCAGAAGAGAAAGGCGUUAGCAGUAGAUGUGGAUGAUGAUGAGGGUGGAUUUGGAAACUUUGGGAAGAGGCGAAGACGUUGAUGCUCAAUGCGUGCUCAUGCUGGAACAAUACAGGACCACAGUUGGUUGAUGACUGUACAAUACGGUACUAUUGUCUAUAAUGCAUAAAUCAUGA